UCAAAUAUCACAGCCAUCGAUGCUUAAAAUUUUUAACCAUAAAGAAGUGGAGGGGUCACGACCCAGGAUUACCAGCCGUCGGCUCGCCUCGCUCGGGAAUUGCCUUUUUUCUUUAUUUUAGUAGAUAACAUGGGUGAAAAAUUGCGGGAUUUGGAGUCUCUCCUCCGCCUGUCUCAUUCUCUUGUGUUUCUUUUCUUAGAGUCAAGAACAUUGGUUUCUGCCGAAUCUCAGAUUACUUGAACGCCAUUGUCGUGAUUUGAGGAGCUCAAUAGAGAGGUUCUUCAAUGGCGUUUCACUUCUGCAAGCUCGUUUUGGCACUACCAUUUCUCUCUCUCGUCUUCCUCACUCCUUAUCUUGAUGUUCGGAACCUCACCCAUCUGAACUUGGUGGGGUUCCUGACCUUUGUAUCGGCUGAUAGAGAAGAGGAGGGUCUUCUGAGAAGUAACUCGUCUCAUCCGAGGAUUUCGAGACUGAAGAUGGGAAGGUGGAUGGUUAUGAAGGAAGAAUUUACUUUCUUGGCCAAUAAGGCUCCCUUCAACAGCUGCCACGCUUCUACCAUCGUCGAGGUAGGAAGAGAUCAUUUUCUGGUUGCAUACUUUGGAGGUAGUGGAGAAGGGCAGCCGGACGUGAAGAUAUGGUUGCAGAGAUAUAAGGAUGAAGUUUGGAGCUUUCCUGAAGCAGUAGAUGAAGAACCAGACGUCCCAAUGUGGAAUCCAGUUCUUUUCAUGCUUCCUUCUAAGGAGGUGCUUCUGUUCUAUAAGAUUGGUCAGGAGGUCCAGAAAUGGAGCGGGUUCCUGAAGCGGUCAUCUGAUAAUGGCCUUACCUGGUCUGACAGAGAACAGCUUCCACCGGGUAUUCUGGGACCAAUCAAGAAUAAGCCUAUCUUGUUGGAGAAUGGCCAUUUGCUUUGUGGAUCAUCUGUUGAAAGUUGGAACUCUUGGGGUGCAUGGAUGGAGAUCACGGCAGAUUCUGGUCAUUCAUGGAAAAAAUAUGGGCCAAUAUACAUCGAAGAUGAACCGUUAGGUGUGAUUCAGCCUUUUCCAUUUUGCACAGCAAAUGGAAGUAUACGUGUUCUAAUGAGGUCAUUUGAGACAAUAGGAAGAGUUUGCAUUUCCGACUCCCAUGAUGGGGGUGUUACCUGGACUCAUGCAAGAACUACUGAACUUGCCAACCCAAACUCAGGUAUAGAUGGGGUCAAAAUGAAAGAUGGACGUGUCGUGCUGGUUUAUAACACAGUUUCCAGAGGUGUGCUCAAAGUGGCAGUCUCAAAAGAUGAUGGUGAAUCCUGGUCUGAUGUCUUGACAUUGGAAGACAACUCAGAAAUGGAGUUUUCUUAUCCGGCAGUUAUACAGAGCGCAGAUGAACUUGUUCAUGUCACCUAUACCUACAACAGGACUCAGAUAAAGCAUGUUGUCCUUGGUCACAGAUGACUCCUUAGCAUCCUUAAGAAGCUUAAGAAAGAAGGGCUAUUGAAUCAUACCCUUGUACAAGUUCAUGUAAGGUAUCACAAGCUGGUUAAUAGAGAUCAGGAUCCACUGCAGCAGAUAUUGAUACAAGAUCAGACGCGUAAUCAGUUUUCAUGUACAUUGUUGUAUUGAGAUCCAUUAAAAAUUUAUCAUGAGUUCUUGACAACGUAUGUAUGUGCUUAGAACUUGUAUCCAGAUAAUUUUCCAAAUUUCUUGAAACUGAUUAUGUACUCAUGGCUCAUGUAUAUUUUAUUCUCGAGGGCAGAAAUAGUGCGCUUCUGUCAUAUUCUGCAGUAUAGAGGCGUCUUCUGCACACCUCCCCAAUGAAGCAAAAAAAUUGAAAUGAUUUGCCUGUGUCUUAA